AAAAGCACCUCAGCACAGGGCGAAGGUACCGAAACGCUUGAGAACGUGACCUCCCGCGCUGCUUCGUCACCGAAGGCGGAAGCUUCGAUGGGUCAACCUUGAACGUGGAUGUUGUGGAAAUGGAACGAUCAGCUGUGUUUCCUCGGCUGCUGCUGCUGCUGUCGCUGUGUGGGCGCUUCGUCGGCAGUGUAACGUUGCUCGUGGUGCUAACCACCUCGCCGGUAAGCGACAGCGAAAAGUGGUAGUGAGCUCGGCCAGUCAUCGGUUUUCGAUGGUGAUAUAACACCCAAGGUGAGAGUGCGAAGUACGGUGGCGGUGGACGGUACCCCUUGAUUCCUGUGGAAACGGCCUCCACUCAUACCGAACGAAUGCAUUGAGAGCAGCCCACUAAGAUCCUGUGCAGCCGGCUGCUGCUGCAACACGUGAAAAUAUGGAUCGCGAAAAGAACGAAACGUCUUCCAACUCGGGCAUCGCGGGAGGCGCUGCCGGGUGUAUUACUCGCUUCAUUUGCCAGCCGCUCGACGUACUGAAAAUACGCUUCCAGCUUCAGGUGGAACCGCUCAGCGAACAGCACGUGACGUCCAAAUACCGCACCAUCGCCCAAUCGACUCGCCUCGUGUACCGCGAGGAGGGGCUGCGCGCUUUUUGGAAGGGCCACAACCCGGCCCAGGUACUGUCCAUCAUUUACGGUGUGGCACAGUUUUCGUCCUACGAGCGUUUCAACCAUGUGAUGCGCACGAUCGACGUGUUCGAGCGGCACCACAACGCGCGCAACUUUAUCUGCGGUGCCGCGAGCGGCACGGCCGCCACCGUGAUUACGUUACCGUUGGACGUGGUACGCACGAGACUGAUAUCGCAAGACCCGGGCCGAGGCUAUCGCAGCUCGGUGCAGGGGCUGAAGCUAAUCUACCUGCACGAGGGUGUCCGCGGUCUGUACCGGGGCCUGGGGCCAAGCGUGCUGCAGAUCGCCCCCCUCACCGGCGGCCAGUUUAUGUUCUACAACAUCUUUGGCAGCAUGUUUCGACAGUAUUUUAAUAUAAGCACGAGCGAAACGCUGCCCGCCAUCGAGCUGUUCAUCUGCGGUGGGCUGGCUGGUAUCUGCACCAAGCUGCUGGUCUACCCACUCGAUCUGGCCAAGAAGCGGCUACAGAUACAGGGGUUUGCCAAAAGUCGCCAGACCUUCGGCCGGCACUUUGUGUGUGAUAAUAUGUUCCACUGUCUGUACAGCAUCGCCCGGCAGGAGGGCUUCAUCGGGCUGUACAAGGGCCUCUAUCCGGCGCUGCUGAAGGCGUGCUUCAUGUCUGCUUUCUACUUUGCCAUCUACGACGAAAUGGUGCUCAUCUUGAACCACUGAUAGUAGCAGUCCUGAACGCCUUGUCCUUCACGCCUUUGCCCAGCACGCGAUGCAUAACGUUUAAGCAGCAGCACGCCGACUACCGUUCCUCCCGAGCGGGAUCUUUGGUUGGAACGCUCGAAUAAUGCCUUCUUAUCGAAUAACUUUACUUCAUCAAACGUAGUAGCAAAAAGACUCUCGUAGGGUUUUGGGGUGUCGUGCGUGAGAGUGUAGUACUUUAAACUGCGAAACAAGAAUGCUUACCGAGCAGCAGCUUGACACAGAAGAAUGGUCUCUCUUUCGAUGGGGCUGCGCCUCUUGCACAAUCGUUACUCAGCGCGCUCAACACAGAUUACGUUAAGCCAUUUGUUUUUAAAUUAAUUCAACUGAACCCCCUAGCAUCGGACACGAUCCCAGUGAUAUCUUGUCCGAUACCGAUUGCGAAUGGCUGAACAAGUCUCAGGAAGUAUAAUUUUAAAGUAACAAAUACACGCUUAAACGCGGAAAAUAUAUUAUUUGCACUACAUCUGCCGCCACCAUCGACGCUCUCAAAGGAACUGGUUACAGGGGUCUUAUUAAUAUUAUUAUUAUUAUUAUUAUCAUAAUUAUUAUUGUUUCUCGCGCAUCCAGCACACAUUAUCCUCGACGUCGCUACAUUUUACAGCUUCAUUCUGCAAUGUGUUAGGAUUAUGCAAAACUUGUAGCGAUGUGUAGAAAGCGAAAUGAAUCUUAGACGAGCACGCACUGAUGUACGAAAGCAUACUUAAAACCCGUCAGUGCUACUCCAGGCAAAAUUCCUGUAGAAUGUAACGCUUAAUGUAGUUGGUAAUCGCAACGACGAAUCACUCAAACACCCCUCUUAGGCUUAAGCGUUGGCCAACGCUAGGAUAUUCAAACCUAAAGUGUCGUAAAGAAGGACGAAGGAUGUAUAAAGUUGUGUAUUGAGAAAAGCGACCGCAGCUAAACCAGAAGCUAAACCAGAAAGAUGUAGAAGAUUGUAUUGCAAUGAAGCAAUUAGCUCAGUCUGCAGACAGAAAUGGGCAAACACGAGCGAACUUUGGAAAAUUUUGUGAGUUUUAGUUGAACCAUGUAAACGCGAUUGUUUAAGCGCAUGUUUUUGGACGACAAUAAUGCGAAAGAAUGUAACUUCAACAUAGCCAGAUCGCCGUGAAUAGACUGUAAGGAUGCAUACUGUAGGCGCAGUUCAACAGUGAAGUGUCAAUUACGUAACAAAGAAUAAUGUUCGGAAUAAAAUUAC